GAAAUGUCAUGGUCCCAUGAUGAUGAGUAGGAGAAGCCCCCAUCCACCAACAAGAACAAAAGACUUAGAGACGACUUUUCUACUCUUCUUCAAGUCAACGGUGUUAUCAUUCAUACAUCCCCACACAUGCCUCUUACCAUCUGCAGGAGCAGCCACCAAUAUUGACGAUAACAAACAGGCACCCAGAAACCCACCAGCGGAAACCGCCGGAAAAGCGAGCAACGAUGGGGGAUUCCGGCGGCGGAGCUUUCACGGCGGCGGCGCCGCAGUGGCUGGACAAAGGAGAUAACGCGUGGCAGAUGACGGCGGCGACGCUGGUGGGGUUGCAGAGCAUGCCGGGACUGGUGAUACUGUACGCGAGCAUAGUGAAGAAGAAAUGGGCAGUGAAUUCUGCCUUCAUGGCUCUCUACGCCUUCGCCGCCGUCCUUCUCUGUUGGGUUAUCCUCUGCUUCAAAAUGGCGUUUGGCGAUCGGCUCUUGCCCUUCUGGGGCAAAGGCGGUCCUGCUUUCGACCAGGGUUUCCUCAAAGAACAAGCCAAGAUCCCUGAGAGCUUUCGGCACUCGAGGAACGGGACAUUGGAGCACGGGACGGAGCCGAGGUUCCCGAUGGCGUCGCUGGUGUACUUCCAGUUCACGUUCGCGGCGAUAACGACGAUACUGGUGGCGGGGUCGGUGUUGGGAAGGAUGAACAUAAAGGCGUGGAUGGCAUUCGUGCCGUUGUGGUUAGUGUUCUGCUACACGGUCGGAGCCUUUAGCCUAUGGGGAGGAGGUUUCCUUUACCAUUGGGGCGUUAUCGAUUACUCCGGCGGUUACGUCAUCCAUCUCUCCUCCGGUGUCUCCGGUUUCGUCGCCGCUUAUUGGGUGGGGCCGAGGCCGAAAGGGGACAGGGAGAGGUUCCCGCCGAACAACGUGCUGAUGAUGCUGGCGGGGGCGGGGCUGCUGUGGAUGGGAUGGUCGGGGUUUAACGGAGGAGCUCCGUACGCCGCCAACGUGACGGCGUCUAUCGCGGUUCUCAACACGAACGUCUCCGCCGCUACCAGCCUCCUCGUCUGGACUUUCCUCGACGUCUUCUUCUUCGGCAAACCCUCCGUCAUCGGCUCCAUCCAGGGCAUGGUCACCGGCCUCGCCGUCGUCACCCCCGGCGCAGGAGUGGUGCAGACAUGGGCUGCAAUCAUAAUGGGAGUAGUCUCAGGAAGCGUCCCAUGGGCCUCUAUGAUGAUUCUCCACAAGAAAUCUUCUCUCCUCCAAAAGGUGGAUGACACAUUGGCAGUGUUCUACACACAUGCGGUGGCCGGUCUACUAGGAGGGAUUCAGACAGGACUAUUUGCGCAUCCAGCCCUAUGCCAAUUGUUACUGCCGGUUCCCAACACAAGAGGAGCUUUCUACGGCGGAAACGGCGGCAUUCUCCUCCUCAAACAGCUUGCGGCCGCCGCUUUCAUCGCUGCCUGGAACGCUGUCUCGACAUCCGUCAUCCUCUUGGUCAUAAAGAUGUUCAUACCGUUGAGAAUGGCGGACGAGGAGCUCGGGAUAGGGGACGAUGCCGCCCACGGGGAAGAGGCCUACGCUCUGUGGGGCGGCGACGGGGAAAGACACGACGGGACGGGAAACGGGUCGCCGUCUAAUCAGUUUGAAAGAGAGGAGGAUCCUCGUUAUGUUCCUGGCGCAAGAGGGGUCACCAUUGUUUUGUGAUAUUUGUGUUGGGUCAUGGAGGAUGAUCCAAAACAAAUGCAAUUAUACUCGUACGGUGUGUAUUUUGACUAGUGCCCAUGAUUUGUAUAUAAUACAAGUUUAUGUCUUUUUUUUUUA